GUGUUUGAGACACGCUUCUGCUCUCCGCUCGUGUCACUUCCGCCGCAGCAGAAAAUGGCGGCGUCCAUGCGAACACUUCCCAGUGUAGGACUCCUGUCAAAGGCAAUACAGCAAUUCUCUCUGAAGGCUGCUGUCCCUCGGGGUGUGAACACAGCUCAUCCUCCAGCAUCAUUACGAAGCCAUAUUAACGUGACUCCUGCAGCCUUUGUGAGCACUGCAAAGGUUUCUACAUCACACACUUCUCCUAUCACGGUCACGGAUGAGCCGGACACACUGUUCCAGAAGCUGACCGUCUUGGUUAAAGGUCAUGAUAAGGCAGUUCUGGACAGUUAUGAGUUUUUUGCAACUUUGACUGCCAAGGAGCUCGGCCUAACCCUGAGUAAAGUGUUCGAACCACCGAGGAACAUCGAGAGGCUCACACUUCUGAAGUCGGUGCACAUCUUUAAGAAACACAGGGUCCAGUAUGAAAUGAGGACACACUACAGAGCCAUCGAGAUUGACAGGAUAACAGGAUCCACUGCAAAUGCAUAUCUGGAGUACAUCCAGCGCAACCUGCCUGAGGGAGUGGCCAUGGAGGUCACUAAGACUGCUAUAGAGAAAGUUCCUGAGCACAUCCACACACCAAUGUGGGAUAAUGAGAGCCAGCAAGAAGCCAGUUAAUGUGGACCUUUUGAUUCCAAGCCUUUUCUGUUCACUAUUCCUGCUUACUGGGGAUUCAAUGAAAGGAGGAAAAGAAGGACUCUCACCUCACAUUAUUUCAAAUCACGGAGACUCGUUUUGUGUAAAUGAGAGAAGGAAAUAAGUUGAAUGAUCUCAUAGAUGUGUCUAAUGCUGUGUAUUUAUAAGUGCAAGCUUGUGGCUUUAAAUAAUUAAAAUGUUUGAAGACGUUAAGGUGUUAGAGCUGCUUUUGUUCGGGUAAAAGUAAAUUGUGACUUUUUAUUAUUACUGUGAAGCAGAUAAGCUUUUAGCAAAAGCUGAAAUGGAGUCUUUAGUGACUUAAGUGCUAGUUCUUUACAUCUUUGGUGAGCAAAAAAGCAUAGAGUGUGCCUAUGGCUGCAGACAUCCUGAUGUUGGGGAAAAAAUAUCUUAAAUAUACACGUUUAUCUGGUAAUUCUCAUUAUAAGAUUUACAUGAAACAAAAUAUCAGAUUACUC